AUGAAGGCCACUAUCAUCGCUACUUUGUUAUCUGUUCUGGCUGCUACCUCCGCAAUCCCAUCCAGCGACUACAAGACUGUUGCGUUGAACGGAAACCAGCUCAAGAGCGCGCUUUCCAAGGAUGCCAGCUUUGAUGUCAACCAGUUCAUCAAUUGCACCGUUGCGUACACCCUCACACUGAGCGCCGCAGGACCCCCCUAUACUCUUGACCUCUCCAGCCUUGACCUGAGCAACUGCACUUACGCCUAG